CUCUCCAAAAAAAAAAAUGGCUUUAUUUCAACUCACACUGCCCUGUUCAUCACCUCUCUCCUACCUCAAACUCGAAUCAAAACCAAACCAUUUCAUCACCAACCCUCCAAUUCUCACUCUAAAACCAAAACCACCCUCCAAUUCCCUCCACUCCUCCACACCCACCACCUCCAAAGCUUUCUCCAACCGGCUUUCUCAACCAAAAAAUUCUCUCGAUUCGAUUAGACCCUUUAUUCAAUCCGAAUGGCAACCAAUCCUCAAGGGCUGGCUUUGCAGCGCAAUCUCGGUGUACUCUCUCUCCAAAAUUGUCCCCAAAAUGGGAAAAUUCUCGGCGGUGAUGGGUGCAGUCGAGGUAGUGAGGCUUAGAGAGGAGGGUUUGGUUUUGGGGGUUUUGCUUUUGGUUCGGUUGAUCGCGAAUUACCUUCAACAAGCUUUUCUAUGGGAGGCGUCGCUGAAUUCUGUGUACAAAAUUAGGGUUCAUGUUUUUGAGAGGGUUUUGCAGAGGGAUUUGGAGUUUUUUGAGGGUAGAAAUGGUGUUUCAGCUGGCGAUAUUGCCUAUAGGAUUACUGCCGAGGCUGCAGAUGUCGCCGAUACUGUUAAUUCUCUAUUGAAUCUGACAGAUGUGAAAAAGAUGGUUUUAAGAUUGAGAGAAUGCUGGAGGUUAAUGUGGAUUCCAAUCAGAAGUGAGGAAUGAUGUCUAUUGUACCCAGUACUCUGCAGUUAGCAGCAAUGGCAACUCAAAUGCUGGUCAUUAGCCCUCUUCUUUCGUUAAUUUCUGCCUUGGUGAUCCCAUCGAUGGUUCUUGUCCUUGGAUUUCUUGGUGAAAAGCUUCGUAAGAUAUCUAAGAAGGCACAAGUUAGCAUUGCUACUCUCUCGGCCUAUCUGAAUGAGGUCCUCCCAUCAAUUCUUUUUGUGAAGGCAAACAAUGCAGAGCUCUCUGAGAGUGCUAGGUUUCGAUCAUUUGCUUGUGCUGAUUUCUCCGCAUGUUUGAAGAAAAAGAAAAUGAAGGCGUUAAUUCCUCAGAUAGUACAGACAAUAUAUUUUGGGGUGUUGCUCAUAUUUUGUGUUGGCUCGCUGGCAGUCUCGAGUGGUUCUUUCGAUUGUUCUGGUGCGGUGUCUUUCAUGACAUCAUUGGUCCUCUUGAUUGAGCCAAUUCAGGGUAUCGGAAAAGCUUACAAUGAAUUAAAGCAAGGAGAGCCAGCUAUUGAGCGAUUGUUUGAAAUAACAAGGUUCAAAUCUCAGGUGUCUGAGAAACCAGAUGCGGUUGAUUUUGAUUCUAUCAAUGGAGAGGUGAAAUUUUGUGACGUCUCAUUUAAAUAUGGAGACAGUUUUGCACUUGUAUUAAAUGGAUUGGACCUUCAUAUCAAAGCUGGAGAGACAGUUGCUCUUGUUGGGCCAUCAGGAGAAGGAAAGACAACUCUUGUAAAACUGCUUCUUCGCCUAUAUGAUCCUCUUUCUGGUUCUAUACUGAUUGAUAGCCAUAAUAUUCAAAGUAUACGGUUGGAAAGUGUAAGGAGACACGUUGGUCUGGUUUCUCAGGAUAUAGCACUUUUUUCAGGGACAGUGGCCCAGAACAUUGGGUAUAGGGAUCUAAUGACUGGAAUUGACAUAGAGAGGGUUAAGCUUGCUGCACUAACUGCAAAUGCAGAUGCAUUCAUAGAAACUCUUCCUGAACAGUAUCAAACCAAUAUUGGACCUAGAGGCUCAAGUUUAAGUGGAGGCCAAAAGCAAAGACUAGCUAUUGCAAGGGCACUAUAUCAAAAUCCAUCUAUUUUGGUUUUGGAUGAAGCAACUUCUGCUUUAGAUAGCAGGUCUGAGCUAUUAGUGAGACAAGCUCUGCAGCGCCUAUUGAAAAAUCGUACUGUAAGGAUUUAAUUUCUUCAAUUCUUCUUGGAAGGCCCAUGGUUGAUAUAUCAUACAUAUGUUUUUAUAUGCAGGUACUAGUCAUUGCUCACCGUUUGGAAACCAUUCUGAUGGCUGAACGAAUUUUCCUUUUAGCUGAUGGGAAGCUGCAGGAGAUCAAUCGCUUAUCUCUUCUUGAUGGUCCACAUGACUCGCUAGCUUCAACUGCACUUGUUAUAUAAUACCGCACCAAAGUAAUACGAGAGACGGCGCUAUAAACUGUUCUUUUUGGUCUCAUGUAUAGUUCUCUCCUUCCCACUGGUAUAAACUGUGGCUUGUUUUCUUGUACAAGCAGAUUUCUUUUCCUUCACAUACCCUCUCUGUAUUGAAACUUUAUCCCCUUUUUAUUUUAUUUGGGCAUUGAUUUUCAUCUGUUGGGUUACGUGUAUCUGUCUAUUUUUUU